AGCUUGGGCUCAGCGCAUGCGCAGAUUGGGGGAAGGUUCUGGAAGACAUCGGAGCUGCCGCCAUCUUGCGGGAAGAAGAGCAGCUCCGGCCACGGCGCCGUUUUCUCUGCCGAGACCCUGAGAAAGAGCUGGGCUCAGAGCCCUUUACACACCUCAAGGAACGGAGAAACCCGGGACCCCCCCGCGGGGACCCGGAGCUGACUGUGACACAAUGGCAUCAGAUGACUUUGACAUAGUGAUUGAAGCUAUGCUGGAAGCCCCCUACAAGAAGGAAGAGGAUGAGCAGCAAAGGAAGGAGGUGAAAAAGGAUAGCCCAAGCAAUACCAGCACCAGCACUAGCACCAGCACCAGCACCAGCAGCACUAGCAACAGCGGAGGAGGUGGCACUAGUGGAAGCAGCACCAGUGGGGAGACAAGCAAGAAGAAGAGGAGCCGCAGCCAUAGCAGAAGCAAGGACCGGAAACGCAGCCGCAGCCGAGACCGGGACCGACACAGGCGGAGAAAUAGCCGGAGCCGGAGCCGGGAUCGUCAGAGACGUCACCGAAGCCGCAGUCGGGAUCGCCGACGCAGUAGCAAGUCACGCAGCCGGGAUCGCCGGCGUGAGGAGCGUGUACGCUACAGGAGCCCACCCCUUGCUACUGGGCGCAGGUAUGGACACAGCAAGAGCCCCCAUUACAGAGAGAAGAGUCCUGUACGGGAGCCUAUUGAUAAUCUGAGUCCAGAGGAGCGUGAUGCUCGCACAGUCUUCUGCAUGCAGCUGGCUGCCCGCAUUCGACCCCGAGAUCUAGAGGAUUUUUUUUCUGCUGUUGGCAAGGUACGUGAUGUGCGUAUCAUCUCAGACCGGAACUCGCGUCGCUCUAAGGGCAUUGCUUAUGUGGAGUUCUGUGAGAUCCAGUCAGUGCCACUAGCGAUUGGGCUAACAGGGCAGCGGCUGCUGGGUGUUCCCAUCAUUGUGCAGGCCUCUCAGGCUGAGAAAAACCGCUUGGCAGCCAUGGCCAAUAACUUGCAGAAGGGGAGUGGUGGUCCUAUGCGGCUCUAUGUUGGCUCCCUACACUUCAAUAUCACUGAGGACAUGUUACGAGGCAUCUUUGAGCCUUUUGGCAAAAUUGAUAACAUUGUCCUGAUGAAGGACCCAGAUACAGGCCGCUCUAAAGGCUUUGGAUUCUUAACCUUUUCUGACUCAGAGUGUGCUCGGCGGGCAUUGGAACAAUUGAAUGGCUUUGAGCUUGCAGGGCGACCUAUGAGGGUGGGUCAUGUGACUGAGCGACUGGAUGGUGGCACAGAUAUUACCUUCCCUGAUGGUGGUGAGGAGCUGGACCUGGGUACCGCUGGCGGGCGGCUGCAGCUCAUGGCCAAGUUGGCUGAGGGCUCUGGUAUUCAGCUCCCGACCACAGCUGCUGCUGCUCAAGCUGCUGCCCUGCAACUGAAUGGAGCUGUUCCCUUGGGAGCCCUGAACCCUGCAGCCCUGACUGCUCUUAGUCCAGCCCUGAAUCUCGCCUCCCAGGCCAUUGCCUCACAGUGUUUCCAGCUCUCCAGCCUCUUUACCCCCCAGACUAUGUAAGAGCCCAGUGCUGCUUCCCGGUGCCUCUGGGUUCCGCCACCUCCUUUCUCCGUGUCUGCCCCUCCACAGCCCCCUUCUCCCCACUGCCACGGACCACAACAGCCUGCGGGCACGGACAUUGGCUCUGGGGCGAUUGGGGACAAUACUGGACACCAGGAAGAGCAGCUGCUCCAUGGCCCCACUGGGGACGGACUCUGUGCUGAGCAAAGCCCCCAGCCUGGGGGAGCAGAAUCUGUACAUACAUCGAAUACAAGUGUCUCUCUGUGUAUCGUCUCCCUGGGUGCCCUUCAUUGCCCUUUCCCUAUCUAUCAACCUCUUUUCUCUGCUCGUCCCCCAUUCUGGGGGGUGUGGGGGCCACAAAUGAAGGUGCCACCCUUCUCCUCUUUUCCCCUUCCCCUCCCCCUUGGCCUACCAGGAAAAGCCCUUAGGACCUCUGGGUGAAGAAACCUUUUGAGUUUUGGGGGAAACCUUGUUAGAUGCUGGGAUGCAAACAUAUGGGCCUGACAGAUGGAGGUGGACACAUAUACCUUGUGAAGCCUAUAACCUCAGCUUGGUGCAACCUGAGGCCGGGACUGCUGUAGGCUCAGCGUCUUGCUGGGUGGUACAUGAGACAUCUACCCAUCUAGACAUUCUGGAUGCCUUGGGGGCCCCCCCAAGAGUUGAGUGAAAUAUGGGGUGCCUUUCCCAUGCCCUCCAUCUUCCUGUGUACAGCUCCUCUUCCUUCUAGUCCAUCUUCAUCUCUUUGGCCCAGGCAGGGAGGAGGGAGGGGAGUGAGCACAACCAUUCCCCUCCCCUUUUCCUGUGCCUCCACAGCUGGCACUGCCCCCAUCUAUGCCACUUCUUCCUACUCCCACCCUGGCUCACUUGAGCCCUUUUCACUGGAUUUUAUACCCCUGUGUCUGUGUAUAUAAAUAUAUAUAAACUUUGUACAAAGGGCAGCCCCUCAGUAGCGGCAGCUGCUGCCCGCACGUCUGCUGUUUCUGUCGGUUGGUCUGUCUGUCUCUGAUUUUAACUUCUCACGAGCCAAAUCCACGGACGGUUCUAGGGAUAAAAGUUUGUAACGCAAUUGCGUUUUUCUUUUUUUUUCCUUUUCCUUUUUUCUUUUUUUUCUUUGGCUUUCUCUAAAGAAAUAAAAAUGGACAAAAGGCUCUU